UAGAAGCCCAAUAUGGAGUUUGAGUACUGUGCAUUUAAAAGCAGAAAGUCCUCUAUCUACAAUGUGAGCUCCCUAGAACAUUUGACUGUAUCUAUACUUCCUUUGCAGCAUCCCGGCCCUGUCUGUAUAAUGGCAUGCCUGCUCACUUUGCCGACUCACCUGAGAUGGAGGCCAUCUACAAGAUGCUGUCAGUCACCCAGCCUCCCCCCGCCCCCGAGGUCAUAGCCAAGCAGUACCGCCCAGCCAGCGUGGUGGACAAGGCCCACAUCAACGGCAGGUGGUUGGACUCAUCCCGCUGUCUCAUACAGCAAGGUAUCCAAGAAAAUGACAGAAUCUGGCUUCGUUUCAAAUACUUUGCCUUCUAUGACAUAGAACCCAAGUACGAUGUUGUGCGUCUGAACCAGCUGUAUGAGCAGGCACGCUGGGCCAUCCUGCUGGAGGACAUCGACUGCACCGAGGAGGAGAUGAUGCUGUUUGGAGCUCUACAGUACCACAUCAGUAAGGUGUCUCAGUUGGAGUCCCAGAUGCUGAGCUCCAGUGCAGCCAUGGACGACCUGGAGUCUGCCCUGCAGUCCCUGGAGGUCAAGAUGGAGGGAGAGAGCAGCUCUGCGUCCGAGAUGCUGGAAAACAUGACUGCACCAGAACUCAACGACUAUCUGAAGUUAUUCAGGCCAAAGAGGCUGACUCUGAAGGCAUAUAAGCAGUACUGGUUCAAGUUCCAGGAUACCGCCAUCUCUUACUUCAAGAGCAAAGAGGAGAGCAUCGGAGAGCCCAUUCAACAGAUUAACCUCAAAGGAUGUGAGGUGGUUCCGGACGUUAACGUGACAGCACAGAAGUUCCUAAUCAGACUCCUGAUACCAGCGCCUGAGGGUAUGAACGAGGUUUAUCUGCGCUGUGAAAACGAGCAGCAGUAUGCUCAGUGGAUGGCUGCGUGUCGACUGGCCUCCAAAGGCAAAAGUCUGGCCGACAGCAGUUUCCAAAGUGAGAUCGAGAGCAUCCGCUCCUUCCUGGCUAUGCAAAAGACCAGGUCCGGUUCCCACGGCAACGCAGCUGCCACCGAUGAAAUCAUUAAUACUCACAGUCUGGUGUCGCCACGCUACCAUAAGAAGUACAAAGCCAAACAGCUGGCCCCUCGUAUCCUGGACGCAUACCAGAACGUGGCUCAACUCUCACUGACAGAUGCAGUGAUGCGCUUCCUGCAGAUCUGGCAAGCCUUGCCCGACUUUGGGCUAUCAUACGUCGUUGUCAGGUUUAAGGGCAGUCGAAAAGAUGAGGUACUGGGCAUUGCUCCCAACCGUCUGAUCCGUAUCGACCUGGCCGUGGGUGAUGUGGUGAAGACCUGGCGCUACAACAACAUGAAGCAGUGGAAUGUCAACUGGGACAUACGACAGGUGGCCAUAGAGUUUGAAGGCAACAUCAACAUUGCUUUUGCCUGCGUGACUGCUGACUGCAAAAUCGUUCACGAGUUUAUUGGAGGCUACAUUUUCAUGUCAACACGCAGUCGUGCGAAGAGCGACACGCUCAAUGAGGAGCUUUUCCACAAGCUGACCGGCGGCCACGAAGCUCUCUAAGACUAAAACAUACAAAACAAAUCAGAUAUCUAGUGUGUCUCAACAGUGGAAAAUCAUGUUGAAUAGAAAAUAAACAUUAGAACUAUACAACAAAUGGGCAAAAUACGAUUCUGUUCAUGUGUAAAUGUGUUACAACCCACAUUGUCAAUCCAUCCAUAUAUAGCCUUUGCUCCACACUCACACACACACACAUCAGUGGAUGGACAGCAUGUUCAAAUAUCCGUUUGCUUCUCAUGCUGACUUCCCCUUUACUUCAGGAUGGACUGCUGCUGGGCACCAGGACAUCAGGUCCAGGAUAAGCACGCUUUACAACCAAACAUCAUGGAAAUAUAAAAUCAACCGUUGCAUCAGCCAGCAACAACUUUUCUGUUUUGCAUCACAGUAUCCUGACUUCCUGUCGCUCUGGAUACAAAAUAUUGCUUUGUGCCGAGCUGCAGACUUAUUGCCAGCAACCACAAUAUCACUGCCAAGAAGUAACUUGUUGAGAAAAACACAUGCUAUUAUGAAUUGUUUCCCCAAAUAAACAUUUAUUAAAAUAAA